AUGGUUGAUCGAACCAAUAAUGCCGGCAGUGCGCCGAAUACAAGUUCCAAUACAUCGGCAGAAACAGUUGCCGGUACUGCUCCACCACCAAAUUUUGGUAUGGAACCAUUCGACCGACGCAAGUCGAAAUGGCUGCGGUGGGUGGAUCGACUCGAAACCGCAUUCGAGAUUUACGGAGUGACGGCGGAGAGAGUAAAAAGGAACUACUUAUUGCAUUACAUGGGGACGGAAACCUACGAUGUCAUUUGCGACAAGGUUGCUCCGGAUGCUCCUCGGGAUCGGACGUACGACCAGAUCGUGACAACUCUGAAUGAGUUUUACAGUCCGCAGCCACUAGAAAUUGCUGAAAACUACAAGUUCAAUAGUCGCCGACAAGGUGACAAGGAUGCUACUUCGGCUGAGGAGUCAGUCGACGAGUACUUGGUGGCGUUGCGGAGGAUGGCGGCAUCGUGCAACUUCGGGGAUUACUUAGAAAAGGCGCUGCGCAACCAGCUUGUGUUUGGCAUUAAACGUAGUGACAUCCGAGAUCGAUUGCUGGAACGGCGGACACUAACACUCCAGGAAGCUCGAGACAUAGCAGUGGGCAUGGAGUUGUCUCGAAAAGGCCGAACAGAGAUCGAAGGAUGUGCACCAAAACAAGACAUGCAUGCGGUGUACCAUCCCCCUGGUAAAGGUGCGAAGAAACCGAACCGUGCGGAAAGGCCCAAUACUAGCUCGGAGAAGCCUAGUUGUUAUCGAUGCGGGGAUAAGUCACAUUUGGCUAAUACAUGCAAGCACAAAAAUACCGUCUGCUCGUGCUGUAAGACUAAAGGCCACUUAGCGAAAGUGUGCCUUAAAAAGAAGAAAAUGGAAUCACGGGAUACUACGCAAACCCAUCAUGUUGAAAGUGUCAAAAUUCGGGAGGUGUUUACAGUUUGCGCACCGUCCCAUUACAAAAAACUCUGGUUAAAUGUGACACUAAACCAAAAGAUCAUUAAGUUUGAAGUAGACACGGGGUCACCAGUUAGCAUCAUGAGUGAGGAACACCAAAGAAGACUGUUUCCAAACGCGCAGUUGCGGGAAUCUGGAACUAGUCUUGUGAGCUAUUGCAACACUCCAAUCGUUGUACGUGGCAUACUCGAUGUGGAAGUGCAGCUAGCUGACAAGACAAUGCUACUACCACUGUAUGUAACCAAGUCCAACAAACAUCCCCUAGUCGGCCGGGAAUGGCUAGUACAGAUGGAGAUAGACUGGCAACGACUUGUGGCAGAAUCCGUGAAUACUGUCGAGCCUGACGUGAAUCACCAUGCAACGGAUUGCAAGGCAGUGCUGGAGCGGUACCCUAAGGUGUUCGAAGCGUCAAUAGGGCGCAUUUCCAACAUGCAGGCCCACUUACGGCUAAGAGAAAACACUCGACCAGUAUUUCUCAAAGCGCGGAAGCUACCAUUUAAUAUGAUAAAAAUGGUAGAAGACGAGUUGGAAAAGUUGGUGCAGGAAGGAGUGCUCUCAAAGGUAGAUUCAAGUAGCUGGGCAACACCAAUAGUACCGAUCAGGAAAGCACACAAUCGGGUGAGAAUUUGCGGAGAUUAUAAACAAACAGUUAACCCGAAUCUGGUUGUGGACAGACAUCCAUUACCGACAAUUGAUGAACUGUUCGCAUCGCUUGCUGGAGGGAAGAAAUUCAGCAAAAUUGAUCUGGUCCAAGCAUACCUACAGCUAGAAGUGGCGCCAGAAGAUCGGGAAAUACUAACACUUUCUACUCACCGUGGCUUGUACAGACCCAACAGACUGAUGUACGGCAUUGCAUCAGCUCCCGCGAUCUGGCAAAGACAGAUCGAAGUAAUUCUCCAAGGAAUCGAGGGAGUCAGUGUUUUCCUCGAUGAUAUUAAGAUCACAGGAGACACGGAGCAAAAACAUCUGCGCCGACUAGAGGAAGUAUUGUCUCGACUGAACGAACGAGGCAUACGGGUUAACAGGGAAAAGUGCCAAUUCUUUGCGGAUAAAAUCGAGUACUGUGGAUACUUGAUUGAUGCAAAUGGUAUCCACAAGAUCCAAAAGAAAGUAGAAGCAAUACAGCAAAUGCCGACACCAAAGAACAGAGAAGAGGUACGCUCGUUUGUCGGAUUAAUCAACUACUACGGACGGUUUCUACAAAAUUUGAGCACCAUUCUGUACCCGUUGAACAACCUACUCAAACAGGAUGUUCCCUUCCAAUGGAAUAAGCAAUGCAACGACUCCUUCAAGAGGGUGAAAGAACAGGUCCAAUCAGAGAAAUGCUUGGUACAUUACACACCCGAGUUACCUGUGUUACUGGCGACAGAUGCGUCACCAUACGGAGUUGGAGCGGUAUUAAGUCACGUUUACCCGGAUGGCUCGGAGCGGCCGAUACAGUUUGCGUCGCAAACAUUGAAUCGAGUUCAACAAAAGUAUAUGCAGGUAGACAAAGAAGCUUAUGCUAUCGUAUUUGGCGUAAGGAAAUUCUUUCAAUACCUAUACGGCCGGAAGUUUACCUUACUCACUGACAACCAAGCGAUUACCAAGAUUUUCGCGGAACAAAAAGGGUUGCCAGUAAUGUCAGCAUUACGGAUGCAGCAUUACGCGACAUUCUUACAAAGUUUUGAGUAUAACAUUCGAUUCCGGAAAUCUGCAGACCACGCGAAUGCUGAUGCCAUGUCCCGCAUGCCAUUAAAUACUAUUGAUCCGGAAGAUGAAAUGGAAGAGUCAGAUGCAAUAGAGUUGAACCAAAUAGAAACAUUGCCUUUGACCGCAAUGGAGCUAGAGAACGCGGUGGCGAAGGACAAACAAAUACAAAAGUUGCUUCAAGGAAUUCGACACAGCCGAGCAGUAGAUGCGCAAGAUCGGUUCGGCAUAGACCAACAAGAAUUUACAAUUCAAAAAGGGUGCUUACUACGUGGAAUUCGGGUUUACAUACCACCAUCGCUGCGCAGGAAAGUGCUGGAAGAGCUACAUUCAGCGCAUUUCGGAACGACUCGCACUAAAUCGCUUGCUCGGGGUUACUGCUGGUGGCCUGGGAUGGACCAGGAGAUAGAACGAAUGGUAGCAAACUGUACGGACUGCCAGUCGGUCAAACCUGAACCGGCUAAGGCGAAUCUUCAUUGCUGGGAGACACCAAGUGCGCCAUUCCAACGGGUUCAUGUGGAUUUCGCAGGUCCAUUUAUGGACAAAUAUUUCUUCAUUUACGUUGAUGCUUUCAGCAAAUGGCCGGAGGUUAAGAUUUGCAAAUCAAUCACGGCUGAACAUACUGUAAACAUGUGUCGUGAGCUGUUCAGUACAUUUGGAAUUCCAUCAGUUAUAGUGAGCGAUCAUGGCGUUCAGUUUACUUCAGUACUGUUCAAAGAAUUCCUCAAGAUGAACGGCGUGGUACAUAAAAUGGGUGCACCGUAUCAUCCAGCUACAAAUGGUCAAGCGGAGCGAUAUGUGCAGACUAUUAAAAACAAGUUAAAAGCUGUGAAGUGUUCCAAAUCACAGAUCCACCUGGAACUGUGCAAUAUAUUGCUGACUUACCGCAAAACCAUACACCCGGCGACGGGAAAAUCGCCAUCCAUGCUAGUAUUCGGAAGGCAGAUUCGAUCGCGAUUGGACCUAAUGCUACCUACAUCGGAUAAGUCCAAUAAGGAGGGUUUGGAAGUGCGACAAUUUCAGGUCGGAGAUCGGGUGCGUGUACGAGAUUUCCUAUCUCAUGACAAAUGGAAAUUCGGAAGAAUUGCUGAGAGAGUGGGGAAGUUAAGGUACAAUGUGCACCUAGACGAUGGACGUAUCUGGGAGCGGCACAUCGACCAUAUUUCAGAGGUGGGUGCUGAUCUGCAAGGUACAGCGAAGGAUACUGGUGCAAAGAGCGAUCAUCAGAGAGGUGACAUCAUAACUAACCCGGAAGAGGUGUUUCCAUCUGCUUCUUCGAAAACUGCUACUGCCACGACGAAUACGACGAGUGAUGCCGAAAAGACGGAUGUUGGUACAUUGCCUGUGUCCGAGCGGGAAACCGACAUCGCUUCGGAGCAGAUCAAGGGUUCGGACGGAGGGAACAGCCCGGAGCCGGAGCCUGACCGAUCAGAUGACUUCAGCGGAGAGCUGAACGUACGACGCUCCAGUCGGACGAAGAAACCUCCUCAAAGGUUGAACUUAUAA